AUGAAUAUUGUUUGUAGAUUUAGGCCUCUUAAUGAUAGAGAGAAAACUGAGUCAGGGUCUAAGUUAUGUGUCACAUUUGAGGACAGGAACACAUGCUGUGUACAGGGGACAGAUCCAGACACUGGUUAAUUCGGCUAAGUCAGAUAUAAUUUUGACAGAGUAUUUGAUUAUAAUGCGAGAUAGCUUGACAUUUACAAUGAAUCUGUUCUUCCAAUUAUAGAGGGAGUCUUAGAGGGUUUUAACGGAACAGUGUUAGCAUACGGCUAAACAUCAUCAGGAAAAACAUUUACAAUGUAAGGGCCAGAUAUUGAAGACAAAGAACUUCAAGGUAUCAUUCCAAGAAUGGUAAAGACUGUUUUUGGCAAAAUUGAAAAUGCUUCGGAGGAUAUUGAGUUUACUGUUAAAGUAUCAAUGAUAGAAAUUUACAUGGAAAGAGUGAAAGAUUUACUAGAUCCUAUGAAAACAAAUCUCAAAGUACAUGAAGACAAAGUCAAAGGUAUAUACAUCUAAGAUGUGACUGAAACUUACGUUGGUGAUGAAGAUGAAGUAUAUGACAUAAUGAAGGUAGGUAAUGAAAAUAGGGCUAUAGGAGUAACUGAUAUGAAUAAAUAAUCUUCCAGAUCUCAUUCUAUUUUUAUCAUGACUAUCACUUAAACUAAUAAUGCUGAUUUUUCAACUAAAACAGGAAAGUUAUUCUUGGUAGAUUUAGCUGGUUCUGAAAAGAUAUCUAAAACUGGCGCCAAAGGACAGACAUUAGAUGAGGCUAAGACCAUAAAUAAAUCCUUAACCACUCUAGGUAUUGUCAUUAAAUGCCUUACUGAUGGUAAAUCCACUCAUGUGCCUUAUAGAGAUUCAAAGCUCACUCGUAUUUUGUCAGAAUCUCUUGGUGGUAACUCAAAAACCUGCUUGAUCAUUACUUGCUCGCCAUCAAUUUUCAAUGAAUCUGAAACAAUUGGUACUUUGAGAUUUGGUAAGAGAGCGAAAUAAAUUAAAAAUAAACCAAAGAUUAACAAAGAGGUGUCUAUAUAAGAAUUGAAAAUACUCCUUGAUAGAGCUGAAAAAGAUUUGGCAGAAAGAGAGAAAAGAAUAACUUUGCUAGAAAAAAUCAUUAAAUCCUUAGGUGGAUAAAUUCCAGGUAAAUCUGAAAAAGAGGUUAAGGAGCUUGAAGGGAAGCUUAAAGAACUCUAGAAGUAAUAGAAAAUUGAAGAAUAAAAAAAAGCUGAUCAGCUCUUUGAUAUUGAGUAAUAGACAUAGAGAUUCCAAAGUGAGAAAAAUGACAGGGAAGAGAUUGAGAUGCUAAAGCAAAAAUUAUAGCAACAAUAAUAAUAGAUAUAUAAAGAGAGGUAGCAAUUGGAGUAGUAUAGAUAAGAUACAUACAAAGAGAAAUCUGAUUAAUAGUAAUAGAUCAAGUAAUAGAAAGAAUAUGAAGAUAACGAUGAUGACCUAGAGCUGGAUGAGAAUGGUAAUGUGGUAAUAUUUGGUUCUAAUUCUACAGAGACAAAAUAACCGGAACCCAAUAGUGAUGCUUUAGUUUAGGAUAAUGAAGAACUAAAUCCGAUAUUAAUCAAGAAGUCUCCUUAAAAGUAGUUAAGCAUCUUAGUUUCAGCUUUGAAAAGAGAAAGAUACAAUGUCUAUGAGUUAAAUACAAGAAUUAAUGUUUUGAAGAAGGUAUAUCAGCAGAAUGCCUAGAGCAUUAAGUAAUUGAAGGAAAGCAAUCAGGGUAUCAAAUCAUAAAAUGAAAAAUUGGCUCUUUAUAAUGAAAAGCUAGUUGAAUAAGUUGCCUAGAUGCAAUUAAAAUGUGAGUUUCUUGAAGAGUAAAAUAGUCUUAAGGUAAGAGACAUUCAGCGCUUGGAGUUUGAAAAUUAGAGACUCAAGUAAUAGACUCAUGUAAUGAAUAAAGAGUAAGCAGCUUAGCUAGUAGACUAUUAAAAUUAGAUAAGUUUAUAGAAAGAAUAAGAAAUGAAUUAAAAGCUACAAGAACACAUUAAAAAAGAGAGAUCUAACUAUGAAUAAGAAAAGGCAAUAAUUGUUUAAGAAAUAAAGCAAAAUAGAUUGAAGAUUGAAAAAUUAGAGAAAUAGCUAAUAGAAAGCAAAGAGCUGAGAGAUAGACUUGAAGAAAGCUUACCAAAAGAUUAGAUCGAUUUUAAAAACAAGUUUAUUAACUAUGAAAAAAAUUUAGAGUAAUUGACACUAAUGUACCAUCAAAUAGCUUCUCAAAAUAAAAUAUUAUCAAAAGAAAAAGGUGUGCAAAUGAGAAAGCUUGAAAGGAAAGUUGAAUAUAUCAAAGAGCUUGAGUAAAAUCUGUCAAUAACAAGAUAAUAGGUAGCUGAGUUAUUUAACCAGUAGAAGAAAUUAAUUGGCUAUGUCUAGUCUCAUGCAAAGAAUAAAAGCUCAUAAGCUACUCGUAAUAAUGGUGAAAUAUAAGUCUAAAGAUUUGGUGAAGAUGAGGCAGAACAAAAUGCUGAUAAUAACAGGAACAACUUUGACAUAAUGCUAGAAAAGUUUAAUAUGGAAGGCCCUAGUCCAAGAUAAACUUCAAAUCUGUUAAUUCCUGGAAGUCAUAAUCACAAAUCUAAGAUCAUAAAAAGUAUCAGAGGAGGUGGAGGUGGCCAGAAAAAUCAAUUGAAUUAGAGCAUUAGAAUAUCAGGAAACGUUUAAUCUAGUCUGACAAGUAAAAUGCUUGAUGACCUUGACAACUUUAAUGCAAACUAAGAUAAUAAGCCAAUCAUAGAGGAGGGAUAAGAAGAAGAAAAUAAAGCUGAGUGA